AUGAGUCGCGAACCCCUUCCGUCCUCCAUGGACUCCACCCAGGGUAGCCUCCACUUCGAGGAGGAAAGCGGCGCCCAGAAAUUCACCCGACGCCUCAAAGAAGAGCCAUUGGUCCCGCUAGGAUGCGCCGCCACAUGCUACGCGCUCUACCGCGCCUACCGAUCCAUGAAAGCCGGCGACUCAGCCGAAAUGAACCGCAUGUUCCGCGCCCGUAUCUUCGCCCAGGCAUUCACACUCGUCGCCCUAGUGGCAGGCGGUAUGUACUUUAAGACAGAGCGUCAGCAGCGCCGUGAGUUUGAAAAGGCGGUGGAAGAGCGGAAAUCACAGGAGAAGCGCGAUGCUUGGUUGCGGGAGCUCGAGAUCCGUGAUAAGGAGGAUCGCGAGUGGCGUGAGCGUCAUGCUGCCAUUGAGCAGGCAGCGAAGGAGGCUGGACAGAGGCCUCAGGAGCCUGAUGCUGCUCGCGCGUCGAUUGAGCCGGCGGAUGAGAAGAAGGUUGGAGUUCUAGAUGCUGUGAAGGUUUUGCUGGCGAAGAGGAACUAG